AUGUCGGCGCCGACGCCAAACGGCGUUCUCCAAGAGGCAAACUUUGGCUUGGCCUUAAAGAACGCCGCUCCUACUCCGGACACCGCUCACUUCCCUCCUCCCGUCUUUCAUGCAGACGAAGCUGAAUUCACGCGCAGAUGCCGCGGAAGCUACACGAUGCCCGAAACUCCGCCCGUAUCCGAGACGAGAUUGCGCGGGCCCAAGAGGUCCAAGGCCUGCGACCAAUGCAAGAUGAGAAAGAUCCGCUGCUCCGGAUAUCCUCCCCCUUGCGGAAGUUGCAUGGAACGAGGGGCCACCUGUCACUUUGGCAGAAGAAAGGUUCCAUUGAGAAAGAAUGUCAACAAGGACUUGUUGAGCAACCCAGUGAUUCCAAGUGACGGGGUCUUGACCAAGCUCGAAUCGACAGCAAUCGAAGAAACACAACAUGCCCUUCACGUUCCAGAGAAAAAGGUCGCCCUGCAAGUUGCGCAAGGAGACCUUUUCAUCGACCGCGUACUCUUCGGAGCACCUCCAGGUAACAACCAAAGUCAAGAGCAAUGCAUUACUCUCAAGGGCAACGGCCUCUUUAGUAGGUUAAGGAAUCGAUCGACAUGGGCCGUUUUUGACAUGAAAGCCCUAGGUGGCACGUACAGACUCACCUUCUUCUCCGACAGCAGGCUCGAGUCUCUCUCGACGAAGCUGCGAAAUCACAAGGUUAAUGAUCUUGUUCGGAGGAUUUCAACCAUCCUAAAGAAUCGAGUGAGAUCGCCCGAUACAGAGUCCGUCAUGUCGAGCCCGCCAGACAGUGGUUACGUGGACAAUGCAUCAGCGGCCAGACACAUUGCAGCAUAUUACGAGCGUGUUCAUCCUCUCUUUCCACACCUGGAUCGCGCGUCCUUCGAGGCAAAGAUCUCUUCUCCGAAUCUACCCAACAUCCUCGCCGAAGAACCCGCUUUCUCAGCACUCUACCACUUGGUUCUUGCACUAGGUUGCUUGCACACUGGUGGCGGUAGCUUUGAGCCUGGAAAGGGCAAGGCCUGGAAGCUCUUCUCAGUCGCCCUACCUCUUAUCCCUGACUUGGAAAAGUCCGAUGAUCCGCUAGUAGCCCUCCAGGCCAUCACUACCGCAGCCGUCUAUGCCUUGGGCAUCUCGUGUCUCUCUAUUGAACAGAGGAUCAUGACCCAAGCUGGUAGAAUGAUUCAAGAUCUUGGACCAGCCAUCGCCAAAGGUCCAUCGGCCAAAGCCUUUCAUCGAAUAUUUUGGGUCAUGUAUUGCAUCGAAAAGAUGUCUAGUUUCCACUUUGGCCGCAGCUCAACUUUGGUCGAUGCCGAGAUCAUCACGCCCAUGCCGCAUAUCCCUGAAUCCAUGUUUGGGUCGUUCAAUUGGGUCCUCACAUUUGCUCGGCAUUCCCGGCUGCUUUCGCGGGCCAUGACCACUCUGUUCUGUGCAGGGAUUUGUCAAAAGGGAUUGGACUACUACACGAAUACCAUUAGUCAACUCUUCGAAGAUCUCGAGCAGUGGAGGCUCUCCAUCCCCGAAGGACUCCGCCCAGGGCCUUCUUGUCAACCUCACCUGUUUCGUCGACCAGUCACAGGUCCAUCCGUGAUUUGGAUCAACUACCUCUAUUACAGUUUCAAGCUGAUCCUAUUGCGAUGCUAUCUUCAAGUUAACGGGGAACGCGAUCAAAGCGAAUCGAACAAGAAUCUCUCAAGGGAGCAUCUCAUUGCUGUGUCGAGAUCCAUCCUAGAGAUCAUCACCUACGUCGAUGUGGAACCUUCUACUCCAUUGUGGAUUCUGGCCGGGAUUCCGAUCUGUGCUCUUUUCGUCCUCUUUGACCAAGUGAUCAACGAUCCGACGCAUCCCGAUACAAGGAGCAACCUUGCGCUUCUCGACAUCGCAGGCGGUCACUUUAGUCGAAUCGAAUUUGCCAGCGAAGGUUCUCUACCUGGAUCCCUCAUUGCCGAGUUUGCCUACAUCGCCAGAGAAUACGUCAAUGAGACAACAUCACAAGGUCUUGACCUUGGGGGUUCGCUUCACCCCCAGCGAUCGCACGGUGAUGGCAUGUCUUCGCUAGAAAUGCCGGAAUAA